CAACAAAGUGUUCACAUUAAGCAAAUAGUGAUGGGUGCUUCAUCAAGAAUCUACCCCAAUGGUCUCAAACUUGCUAUCACUGUGGCUUUCAUUUUGUCCAUUACAAUAUUUCUGAUUCCAACAGGUUUUGCAGAUGGGGCAGUAAACCCAGGUGGGUCGCGGCAAAGUAAAAUGGUGUUGGGGUCAAAGCCUCCCGCUUGUGUGAACAAGUGCUUGAGUUGCAGGCCCUGCAUGGCUACUCCUGUCAUUUCUUACCACAAAUGGAAGAAGAACAGCUUCGAAAAGGCAACGUAUCGUGGCGAUGAAGAUGAUAGCUAUUAUCUCCUGGCGUGGAAAUGCAAAUGUGGGGACAAGCUCUUUCAACCUUGAUCUCAUGCAUGGUAACCACACAAAGCUCUUUUAAGUUAAAUAUAUACUACUAUAACAUAUUCAAACCUUAUAUAUAUAUAGAUGAUAUAUAGUACCUA